UCGAUCUUGAGUCCUUGACCCUUCAGCGAGAAUUCGAGAGCACCACGGAAGACGUCUACGAGUCUCCGAUCUACCAUCACCAACGACACCAAUCCCAAGCUCCAACACCUCCGCCGCUCACCUCCGAAGCAUGUCGCGCCUCGUGCUGGCUAUUGGAGACCUCCACAUUCCAGACCGAGCAGCAGAUAUCCCAGCCAAAUUCCGGAAGCUCUUAGCACCCGGCAAGAUCGGCCAGAUCCUGUGUCUCGGCAACCUCACCGACAAAGAAACCUACGAGUUCCUCCGCGGCGUCGCUUCUGAUAUCCAGAUCGUCAAGGGUGACUUCGACGUCGAAGCACCCGGCUUGCCGAUUCACAAGGUUGUCGUCCAUGGAAGUCUCAGGAUAGGAUUUACCCAUGGCCACACGAUCGUGCCGCAGGCAGACAGCGAUAGCUUGUUAAUUGAGGCAAGGCGGUUGGACUGCGAUGUGCUCUUGUGGGGUGGAACGCAUCGGUUCGAGGCGUAUGAACUGGAGGGGAAGUUCUUUGUCAAUCCUGGAAGUGCGACUGGCGCGAUUUCCAGCGGGUGGUGGGCUGAGGGCGAGAGCCCGGUUCCGAGCUUCGUUCUGAUGGAUGUCCAAGGAAGUGUGCUCGUAAUGUACGUCUACCAGCUGCGUACGGACGAUAAGGGGAACGAGAGUGUAGCGGUGGAAAAGAUCACUUACAGGAAGGAUACACCGGGUGCUUAGAGCUGGGUAUCUGGAUAGAGUGAAUUCAUUACCACCUUUGCGGAAACAAUUUAGCGUUUGCCUUCCCUUGUAUGAUAGUAAUUGCACUGCCUCUUGCAUGAAUCAAUGGACUCCAGGGAAUUCCGAAGAUGG